AUGCAGGACCCCAACGCGUACGUGGCCGUGCACCGCGCCACGGGCGCCGUGCGCCGCCUCCUCGCCGUGCGCAAGCCUGGCGGCGCCGAACGGCAGGCGCGGCUGCUGGGGGUCAUCCGCCGCCUGCAGGCGAUCCGGAGCGAGGGCGUCGCGCGGGUCCUCGACGUCUUCGAGGACUGCCGCGGGGUAAGCCUGGUGACGGAGACCUGCUCUGGGGGCAACGUCUACGACCGGAUCCUGCAGCGGCAGUACUUCGCGGAGCAGGAGUCCGCCAUGCUGGUGCGCCACAUGCUGCAGUCUCUGGCCUCGCUGCACCGGGCGGGGCUCUCGCACGGCCACCCGAGCCCGGACUCCUUCAGGUUCCAGAGCGAGCAGACGCACGCGUCGCUGAAGCUCGUGGACUUCGGGCUCGACCUGAAGGUGCAGCUCUGGGACGCCAUGGGCAGAACAGGCCCGGGGCCUCACGAUGUCAGGCGCCGCACCAACUGCACCCAGCUCUUCGAGACCUGCCGCCUGGUCUUCUGCGCGCCGGAGGUGGUGCGGACGCUGCAAGACCGGGGCGCCUCGAACCUGCCGCCUCGGAAGGGGGCGGGCGCCAGAGCCUCUGGGCCCUCGGAGCCCGACCUGCUCUCCGAGGCCAUGGACUCCCACCUGCAGCGCGGCGAGGACGGCGAGCUCCAGGUCGCGCUGGAGGCGGCCGACACGUGGAGCAUCGGAGCGAUAGCUUUCUUGCUGCUCUGCGGGUACCCGCCGUUCUUCGCGCCCUGCCGGCACGCCAUCCUGGAGCGCGUGAGCAAGGUCGACUUCUCGUUCGACCCCCCGUUCUGGUCCAAGAUCUCCGAGGAGGCGAAGGACUUCGUGCAGCGCUGCCUGCGGGGCACGCCGGGCAAACGGCCCUCAGUGGCCGAGGCUCUGAGACACACCUGGAUCCAGAGCUUGGCGGACACGUCGCCCUCUGGGUCCAUGCUGUCCUCGUUCGCGCUAAAUUUGCGGCGAUGUUACCGGACAUCGUUGAUCGAGGCCUAUACCGCGAACAGCUUGGCGGCCAAGAUGAGCCACGCCGACGCCCGCGUGCUUUACGAGCUGUGCAUGGAGACCGACACUGGGCGUUGCGGCUUCCUGACAGCCUCGGAACUGCGGGUCAUCCUGGCUAACCUCGGCCACCAGGAAGUGUCCGAGGCCAUCGGUAUCGGCUUCUCUCGCGCGCUGCGCCACCCAGGCGAGUCUUAUAUCGACUACGCCGCGCUGGUACAGUCCAUUUGCGCCCGGCACGAGCAGAUUCUGGAGGAGGACCUGUGGAGCUACUACCGGAAAUUUGCCGCGACGGGUCAGGGCGUGGUGCUGGGCUUCGCGGAGGUCACCGCGACAGGUCGCCUGCCCGCCGCGUGGCUGGGCGGCUUCCUGCGGGAUCCAGAGGUCCACCAGCUGCUCUCAAACGACGGCGUCGAGGACGUCGCCGCGCUCGCGGAGGACGUCCGCGGGCUGUCCCGUGCCCGGCCUUCCAGCAUGAACGAGGCAGAUAGGAAGGCGGUGACGCCGUCUCCCGACGAGCUGGAGGUGGACUUCCUCGAGCUUAUCUCCGAGGUGAUCCGGCGCCUGCCCCUCAGCGGCGCGGGCCCCUCGCCCGCGCCGCCCUGA